UUUUAUAUAUACAUUCAAACUAAGGUGAAAGAUGAACGGAACAUGCUGAAGAUGGUUACUCGAAUGCAGAGAAUUGCAAUAAUCCUUAAAUUGCUUGUGGAACAAUUUUCCGUCCUAGAAACAAUGACAGCUCUGGACUUCUUUGAUUUUAGAGAUUAUCUAAGUCCAGCUUCAGGAUUUCAGAGUUUACAGUUUCGAUUAUUGGAAAAUAAGAUUGGCGUCCCUCAAAGUUUGAGAGUUCCAUAUAAUAGAAGGCACUACCGGGAUAACUUCAAGGGAAAGGAAUCUGAAUUAUUGCUUAAAUCGGAACAAGAGCCAUCACUACUGCAGCUAGUCAAAGCAUGGCUAGAAAGAACACCAGGACUUGAACCAGAAGGAUUUAAUUUCUGGGGAAAAUUUGAAGCAAAUGUACUUAAUGGAUUAGAACAAGAAUACACAAUAGUACAGGCUAAAGAAGACUCUGAGGAAAAAGAAGAUCAAAUGGCAGAACUUCAGAAGCAAAAAGAAGUACUUAUGUCAUUAUUUGAUGAAAAACUCCAUGAACAUCUUUUUAGUAAAGGUGACAGAAGAUUGUCCUAUAAAGCAAUGAAAGGAGCGUUAAUGAUAUACUUCUACAGAGAGGAACCUCGCUUUCAAGUUCCUUUUCAGCUUCUUACUUCUCUUAUGGAUAUUGAUGUUCUAAUGACUAAAUGGAGAUAUAACCAUGUGUGCAUGGUGCACAGAAUGAUUGGCAGCAAGGCUGGGACUGGAGGCUCAUCAGGCUACCAGUAUUUACGUUCAACUGUAAGUGACAGAUACAAAGUAUUUGUUGAUUUAUUCAAUCUUUCAACUUACUUGGUGCCAAGAAGCUGGAUCCCAAAACUGAAUCCAACACUUCAUAAAUUCCUUUACACGGCAGAAUGUUGUGACAGUUCAUACUUCAGCAGUGAUGAUUCAGAAUAACAGCUUUCAAAAGGCCUGGAAGUUGUGGAGUCGACACAUACAUCUAGAGGCACUGGUUUAAAAAAACUUAAAACAUGCAGACUAAUAAUUUAUAUAUAUAAAUAUAUGUAUUUAUGCACAAUAUACAGUAACAUAGAUUUUAAUAUAUAACUAUUUCAAGUAAGUAAUUAUAAAAUAAAAUAUAGAGAUAGCCAGAUCAAUUUUAAGUUUUACUUUUAUUAGUUUUACCUGACUUAUUAGGCUGAACCAAGAUGUUUGAUUGCUGCAGUAAGUUUGUAAUAAAGAUUUAAUUUUAGAUUUAUUACAUUUGUAAUUAUAACUUCAAAUUUCCUUAUGAAAGCUUGCUCCUGAAAACAAUAUAAAAAUGUUGGGAUGGAGAAAGGAAAAAAUUGCACUGUAUAUUAAAAAAAACUGAAGAAACCACAUAUUUAUAUAGAAUUGGCAACAUAUGCUAGAGUGGAUUGAAGGAACAUGUUAUGCACAUGUUGGAAAAUGGUAAAAGUUUUUAAUAAAUGAAGGUUUUUUUUUGAAGGAACCUUUAUUUUUUUAAAUAAGGAGAACUAAUGUUAUCAGAAGAAACAGAACAUUUGAAAGGCUACGAGAUACUUAAGAAUUGUGAGAUAUACAUUAAAAUGAUAGA